GUUGUGAAAAAGAAUAAAGCGACAGAAAAUGUUAUUAGGAGACACGGAAGACAAGAGUGGAAGGGUGUGUGUGUAGCAGGAAUGGAGAUUUUUAGCUUUUUGUUGAUGACUUUCCUUUUUGGAAGUGGUAGCUUCUUAACAAUAGAGAGAGAUGAGGCUGCUGGACAUGCAAAUCCCUCAUCAGGCUGUGUUCUGCCUAAAGCCUGUCCAAUGACUGGUUAUGAGACUUGGUACAAAGUGGGGUCACGCUGUGUCAAAUACUUUGGCAACCCUCUCAACUUCACUGCAGCUGAGUUCAGCUGCAAAAGCAAAGCCCCUGGUGGACACCUGGUGUCGGUGCACAACACAAAGGCUAAUGGUGACGUGCUCUGCAUUGUGAUCAGGUUUAAUCCGCAUAACCUGCGCAUCUGGAUCGGAGGCUUUGAGUUUUUUCAGUCUGGUAAAUUUGUCUGGACUGACGGUUCCUCCUGGAACUAUCAAAUUUGGACACCUGGUGAGCCCAACCACGUCUUCAGUAACAGGGAGGACUGCGUGGAAAUGAACUGGAAUCAUGUUGGCAAGUGGAAUGACGAUGCUUGUUAUGUGAAGAAAAACUACAUGUGCGCCUUCGAAGUGAAGACAUGACUUAGACUCAAAGUAGACUUAGACUGAACUGUUUUAUCUGGGUAUCACUCAAUGAAACCUUAAACAUAACUUUGUGUUCAAAAUUGUAAAAACACAACAUAUUUUGAAAUUAAUUAAAAAUGGUUUUAUAAUAAAAAUGAGUUAUUUCGAGUUUUAAAAUUGUAUUGCACUGACUAUACCAAAGAUAGUUUUCAAACUUCCAAAAGGGACUUCAAGAUGACUUCAAUUAUUUAAAAUAAGACAAAACAAGCAUUAAAAUAGGCUAAAACAGCUAAAAAUCAAGAUAUAUUAUUUCUUAUUAUCUGGUUAUUUUUAUAAUGGAUAUACAUCUUUCUAGUUAUGCCAAGCUCUAAAAUAUUUCAUCUGGGGCCUUGAAGUCAAAAAGUUCUACAGGUUUGUAAAAUAAUAAUAAUAAUAAAAGUGAUAAAAAAUCCAGAAAUUUCUUUGUUGGCCCUUAAAAAGCCCAAUAAAUUAAGAGUACUUUGGUUUAUGUUGGUAUUACAGAUGCAUCAUUAUAAAACAAAUCAGUUCCAGUCCUUGAUUCUGAUUGGUUGAACCGCAUUCAAAGGUGUUUUUACUAUACAAACAUACACCUGUGACCUCAUUACAUCAGUAUUACUAUGUCACUGUGUCUGUGUGUUGCUUGACAACCAUUCUGUAUAACAAUUCAGUAUUACUGUGCCCAAGAAAUUGUUUCAAAUUGUGUUGUAAUUUUUGACUGUAAAUUUUGGUGGGCUAAGUGUGGAUGAGUGGUGGAAAGAGAUGAACAAAACAGAGAAAGAAGAUAAAAAACAAAAAACAGAUGUGUUGAAAUUAACUAGAGAGAAAUUGAAGAACUGGAAAGGUUUCAGCAGUUACCUCUCUUUGCUGCCGCCCAAUCCACUGGCCUUUUAUCUCCAAAGUGUAGACUACACCAAAGAUGUAAGUAAGUAUACUGUAUACUGUUGUGUACCUUGGUGCUGUUUAUCUAACAACACACUGAAAU